CUGUAAGAAGGCUGGCUGUUGAUUUGAUUUGGCUCCCUGUAAAAUAUCGCAAACCUAAUACAAUCGCGUGAACUCGGUGAACUUCUCUCGUGCACUGCUGUAAGCGCGCGCGUACGCUGAGGCAGUAGGAGCGCGUGCCGUCAGUCCCAGGGGACGAUGAAUUUGCGGAGGUAGACUGCGUUUUACUCACUCUCCCUUCAAGUGGGUUUGAGGUUUUCGUACCAUUUUUUAAGUGCAAGUAGGAGGUGAUGUUAAGCUCCUGGCGCGCACACAGAUGUGUUUCUAAAAGCCUACACUGCGGUAGAAUGAGCGACUCAUUUACGACCUUCUACUAUGACGGAAACUUAAAUUCAGCUGAAUGACUUUAUGGAUUAGCGCGUGCUGGGGAGGACUGGCUAUGUAACUGACACGGGGAUUAAUCAAGCUCGUCCAAACCGCAUCCAUCCUUCUGGAAGGAACGUUAGUCUCUGCAGACUCCGUUCUUCUCCAUUCAUCCGUUACUAUGUAAGACAAUGGUACCAGUUCCUCUGCAAAAACACGCGCGGUUGCUUAGUUUCUGAUGCUUGGCUGUGAAACAAUCUGUCGAUCAGCACCAAAACCCGGUUUUCUCCAUUUCAUAUGGGCGAAGACGAGGAGUGCUCCAGCGCCCCUUCACGCCGCGGAGAAAAUGCAGAGAACGGAAAGAGCGGAGCAGCUCUGGACCCAGAAAGAGAAAAGAGGUAUGCGGAGCUGUUCGAGCAACUGGACUUGAAUAAAGAUGGCAGGGUUGACAUCAAUGAACUGAAGACCGGACUGGCAACUCGUGGUUUACAACUCCGAGAGGCUGAGAAGGUACAUGGCUCCACAACUCGAGAGAUUAAUCUGUGGUUUGGCCUGAGGGGGAUGAUCCAGGAGGGAGGUGUGCUUUCACUCUGGAGGGGAAAUGGUAUCAACGUCCUGAAAAUUGCCCCUGAAUCCGCCAUUAAGUUUAUGGCCUACGAACAGAUCAAGUGGCUGAUCCGAGGUAAUAAAGAGGGGGGCAGUUUAAGGGUACAAGAGAGGUUCAUUGCUGGGUCGCUUGCAGGAGCUACUGCCCAGACUAUCAUCUAUCCCAUGGAGGUGCUGAAAACUCGCCUUACAUUAAGGAAGACCGGACAGUACUCAGGUAUGGCUGACUGUGCCAGACAGAUUCUGAAGACUGAGGGUAUCCGAGCAUUCUACAGAGGAUACCUGCCCAAUACAAUGGGCAUCAUUCCAUAUGCUGGCAUUGACUUGGCUGUGUAUGAGACCCUGAAGAAUGCCUGGCUCCAGAGGUACUGUGUCAACUCAGCAGACCCAGGAGUUUUGGUCCUGCUGGGCUGUGGUACUGUCUCCAGCACCUGUGGCCAGCUAGCGUCAUAUCCCCUCGCUCUCAUCCGGACUCGCAUGCAGGCACAGGCCAUUACUGAGGGUAAACCCAAGCUGACCAUGGUGGGUCAGUUCAAAUACAUCAUAUCUCAUGAAGGUGUGCCAGGUCUGUACCGAGGCAUCACGCCCAACUUCCUCAAAGUUAUUCCUGCUGUGAGCAUCUCCUAUGUGGUCUACGAGCACAUGAAGAAGGUCCUUGGAGUGGUUUACUAGACUGAUGCGACAAACACAACUGUGGAGGCAGAAACACAUUUUGCUUGUUAGAAGAAGCAGAAGUGGAGAAUUAAGCUUCUCGGGCCUCUGAAGAGAGAAGAUGAAGGAUCAGUGCACCGAUGCCAUAAAACAUUUGUGGACACCAUCAACUUCCAACCUUUUUAAAGUGCAGGUACUAGGUCAGCAGGAUAAAUUUAUUGAUCUAGGAGAGGAGAAUGAGGCUAAUGAUGCCCACUCUAACAGUAUUAUGUUAUGCUUGAGGAAUCAUCAAAAAGUUCUUAGGAAUGAAAAUUCUUACCCUAUUCUCCUAACCCUUAUCCAGAUGGACUCACUUGCGGCUGCUAUUUUUUGUGUUCUCCUUCUCCAUCCAUUGUCUCAGCACAUUCCAGUAGAACUCCACGUUUACAUUGUCAUAAAUUUAUAGUGCACAGUACAUGUCACAAAAAAGGACAAGGAUUCUCCUGAUCUUGUUUCUCACUUUUUUCCAUGGCCCUUUUUCCAGAAUGUUUGGAUAACGUCUCACACAAGCAAGAGUUUUUUUGUUUCUUUUUGUCCUGUAAGCAACAUUUUGGGUUGGUUUAAAGGUAUCAAUAUGUAGUAUAUCAAUAUCUGAUAAUGAUUUAGGAAAGGUCACAAAAUACUGCAAAAUACAUGAGAUUCCAACAGCGGGUUAUCAGAUUCCAAAAAGGAGGACUUCUCAUAAUUUUGUCGAAACAAACAUGAGGUAAACAGCUGGGUUUGCUUGUUCAAGUUAUAAAAUAAUGUAGAAGCAGUGUGUGCAUGUGAGCUGCAGCAUGACUUAGCUGUGCAUUGCUGUAAACCUUUGAAACCUUUAACUGUUUUGCUGCUAGCUGUUGCUGGAAACUACAUUGAAAUAAAUGGAGAAGAUGGAUUUCUUGCAUGUAGUGAAAAUGUGGAUGUGAACACAAAACUUGGUUUGAUAUGAAGAGUUUAUGCUCCAUUUUUUUUUCAACAGUGUUCCUUCCUGCAAGUUUCCAAAAGGAACAGGAUGAGAAAAAAAAUCUUAGCUUAAACAAACCUAGCUGUAAUCUUAAAAGGACUAUAGGCCAUCUCCUGACCUAUGACAGACGGGAUAUGCUUCAAAAUAGAAAACCUAUGAAAUGUCUGAACUUAGGAAAUGUACCAUUUUAAGAAAAUAUUAGCUUAUUUUAAAUUUAAUAUAAGCAACACAUCUCAAAAGGUUUGGGUGGGGACAACGAAAGGCUGAAAAUGUAAGUGGUACUAAAAAGUAAUAGCUUGACAAACUAGCCACAGGUCUGCAACAUGACUUUUAAAAAAUAUAAAAUAUAAAUAAUAUAAAAAAAAGCAAUGUUGGGAAGAGGUUCACCAGUCUGCAAAAACACUAUGACUACAAAUUGAUGAUUUCAUGGAAACCUUUUGUUGCAGGACAUAAAAUGACUUGAAAUAUCUUGUCAUCUACAGUACAUAAUAACAUCAGAAGAGUCCAGAAAUCUCUGUAUACAAGGAACAAGACCAAAAAUCUAUAUUGAAUGCUUGUGAUAUUCAGGCCUAUAAAAACCAAACAAAAACUGAUUCUGUAAUGGAAAACUGAUAGGGGUUCGGGAGUGCUUUCAGAAAUGAUUGUCUGUGAAGACCGUCAGUUGUGCAGAUUAAAAUGUUGUCAUAUAAAGAAGCCCCCAUAUAUGAGCAUCAUCUUCUGGACCAAAUUCAUUUAAAAUGGACUAAAUAGACUGAAAAACCAGAAAACCAUUCUGUAGUCAGACAAAUCAAAAUCUGAAAUUCUUUGUGAAAAACAUGGAGAAUGCAUCCUCCAGACCAAAGAGGAGAUGGAUCAUACAGAUUGUUAUCAGCACACAUGUCAAAAGCAUGCAUGUCUGAUAGCAUGGAGGUACACUCAACAAAAGUAUAAACGCAACACCUUUGUUACUGCUCCCAUUCCCCAUGGGAUGGACGUAGAGA